AUGGAAAUAAACAGAUUCUCACUGCAGUUAAAGAAACCGCAGACAGAGACAGAGCUGGUUAAUAUAUUCCUACAGGAACUGCUGACAAUGGACUACAGGGCAAGAUACACGGUCGUCAGAGAACAAAUCGCUCAAAUGGAUCAAACAAAAAUAAGCACAGAGAAUGAGUAUGAGGAAGAGAGAGAUGAAGGUGACUUUGAUGCUCUAAUUUAUGGGGAGACUGUGGUAAAUGAUGAAAAAGAGGAAAAAUCCCAUAUCCACCCCAUGGAUGUUCAGAUGGCAGUGUUUCACUGUGCUGACAGGUUCCUCCAGCAGUUCAUGGUGACUAAACUGUCACAGUGUCAGUAUGCCCUGCCUCUGCUUGUGCCCAAUCCCUUCACCCAACAGAUUGAGUUUCCUCUGUGGACAUUCCGCCAGAUCAAGAAGAGCUGGAGGUCCACUGAUAAAUCUGGUAAAGUCACCAGCAAAACUGAGCCAAUCUGCAAGGCAGAAACACCAAUGGUGUUCUUCCUCAGGCUUGGCUCUGUUUCUUCAUCCAAGUCUCAACUGAUGAACAGUCUGAUAAAUGAAAAACACAACACAUUCUUUCACAGGCACUGCCCUGGCAGCAGUAAGACACGUCAUCUGAUGGAUGGAGUUGUUGAGAUUGCCUGGUAUUGUCCCUCUGGAAAAGACGCUGAUCAUUUUACUGACUGUGUUGCAUUCUGUAAUCUCCAUGGUGACGCAGUAACAAAUGAGAAACAGGUGGAGAUUCUGUCUGAAAAUGCCACAGUGAAUGUUGUCCUACACUGUAGUCUGAAUGAAAAUGGACAAAGUUUACUACAGAGGCUCUUCCACUCCCCCACACCCCUUAUUUGCCUUCUCAGUGAAGAGAACUCCCCUCUAAAGAGGAUUCGAACAGGAAAGUACAGACUGGGACUGAAAGAUAGAAACCACGCUGAUGUGUCUGCAGAACUAAGAAGAGCCAUCAGAGAGUGUCUGUCAAUCUCACCUCGCACUUUUAAACUGGAGGAAUUGGUUAAAAACACACAGAUCACAGUAGAUGAAGAGAGUGGAUCCUGUAAGAAAGGGAAAGAAGCUGCACUCCAGAUAAUGAACCUGCUGAAGGGAGAGGAUCUGACCGCAAUAAAACAGAAACAUCUGCCUUGUCAGGGUAAAUUGUGGCAUGACUGGUGUCAGAAGAACAAAGAACUACAUCAGCUUCAGGGAACAAACGUAGAGGCUACCAAGAGUAACACACAAGAACAAAUGAGACAAGUAAGAGAGCAGCAGAGGGCCUCUGGCUUCAGUGAGCUUUUGAAUCUGUUUGUCGGAAGUUUGCAGUCCUUGCUGGCUAAUGAGAAAAGAUUCUUUCUGAAAUGGGUGGGGAUCCUAUUGGAUGAUCUGACCUCAGACAAACUUUCACAUCUACGUCUCCAGUAUGAUGAACAAUGGUCUGUCGUUUUGAAGUUUAAAAAAAAGCAUGUUAAAUUGGAGCAGUUGAAUAUUGAGCAAAACAAGCUGGAAAGCAUCUCAGAUAAUCUGAAGGCAGCAACAUGUGGUGUAGAACACAUCAUAAGGGAAAUGGGUCAGAUCUAUGAGGCCUGGGCAUCUGACAAGAACACAAAAACAGACAGGAAUGAUAAAAACUUAUCUUCCCUUCCUGAUUUAGCUGCAGAACUCAUGAUAUCUGGACACCCAAUGGAGCUGAUGGAUGGUGAUGCUGCUCAUGUUCCUUUAAUCUGGGUUACUGCUGUUCUAGAUGAGGUCAUCAAGAGACUGGGAGAACAGAGGGUCUUUGUGCUGUCAGUUUUGGGUCUUCAGAGCACUGGGAAAUCCACAAUGCUGAAUGCCAUGUUUGGACUCCAGUUUGCAGUCAGUGCUGGCAGGUGCACCAGAGGAGCUUUCAUGCAGCUGGUCAGAGUCACAGAGGAGAUGAUGGCAGAACUGAAAUUUGACUACAUUCUAGUUGUUGAUACUGAAGGACUUAGAGCUCUGGAGCUUUCAGGCAGGGCAACCCGGCACCACGAUCGUGAACUGGCCACUUUUGUGGUUGGUCUUGGAAACAUGACAUUGAUCAAUAUCUUUGGAGAGAACCCUGCUGAGAUGCAGGACAUCCUUCAGAUUGUUGUUCAGGCCUUCCUGAGGAUGAAGAAGGUCAGACUGUCUCCCAGCUGUAUGUUUGUCCAUCAGAAUGUUGGAGACAUCACAGCUGAAGAGAGAAACAUGGAGGGAAAGAGACGCCUACGAGAGAAACUGGAUGAGAUGACAAAGUUAGCUGCUAAAGAAGAAGUCUGUGAUGUAGAGUGUUUCAGUAAUGUCAUUUCCUUUGAUGUACAGACAGAUGUGAAAUACUUUGCUCAGCUCUGGGAGGGCAGCCCACCCAUGGCUCCACCAAACCCAUCUUACAGUGAAAACAUUCAGGAUCUAAAGAGACACAUUUUAUCCCAAAGUUCAAAAUCCUCUGGCAUGACACUCUCACAGUUCAAAACAACUAUUUGUGAUCUGUGGAACGCAUUACUGAAUGAGAAUUUUGUUUUCAGUUUCAAAAACACCCUGGAGAUUGCUGUGUACAGGAAAUUGGAAACUCAGUAUGGGAAAUGGACCUGGAGUCUCAGGAGUGCCAUGCUUAGCAUUGAGAACAAACUACAGAACAGAAUCGCCAAUGGAAAACUUUUCAAGGCUGAGGAAACAGAACUUGUGGCAAGCAUGAGACAAACUAAAGAGGAAGUGGAAAAUUCAAUGAAGCAGUAUUUUGAAGGAGACAGAGAUACAGAAAUUUUGACUCAGUGGAGAGGGGGAUUUGAAACCAAAUCUAACGACUUUUAUAAUGCGCUUGUGAAAAAAACAAAAAGACAACUGGAUGAACUCAUAAGUCAGAAAAAAGCCUGUGAGAUGAGAGAAGAGAAAAAGUUGCAAUAUGAGAGCAAACUCUUCGAACAGAUUAAAGAGCUCAUGCUAAAUCUGGAAAGCAAAACACAUGAUGACGAAGUUCUUAGGCAGAAAUUUGAUGAGGUCUGGAGCAAGUGUUUCACUGAUUUGGAGAAAAAUACAGUGUGGAAGGAUGUGAAACGUAACUUAUCUAAAAGCCAUAAAUCAAAUCUGGUCCAUGAGCAGGAAAAGAAGGGUGAUUACAAAAACUUUUCAAAUUUACCAGAUUAUUCUGAGUAUGUUAUUAUGAAGCCUCUUUUUGAAGAGGAUCAAAACGCACAAGAGGCAGAGAAGAAAACAACACAGACAGAACAGAGAUCUUCUGAACACAGUGCUUUAACAGAUGAAGAUCAGGUCAGAAUAAAGACUUUUAUCAAAGAUACCAUCCAACAAACAGAAAAAUUUAUAGAGGAGGAACUCAGUGCAAAAGCAAAGUAUGAAUCCAAUUAUAUUCGGCAUCUUACAGACUUAGUCAAAGAUAGAGUGAAGGCACUGAAGUUACAGAGAUAUGAGGUCAAGGAAGAGUUCACAGUGAAUCUUUCACUCUGUGUGUGUCACAUUGCAGCUGAUACAUUUAAAGAGUUCAACAAGGUAUUCGAGGAUUCAAAUGAUCAGAAACUCCAGUACUACAGCAUGUUCAAGAGCUUUUGCAAGGGUGCAACGUCUACUGCUGUGUUUGGUGGAUUCAUCUGCAGCAAAUUAGAACACUCCAUCCUACAGGCAGUUUAUGAGAAAGCUGCAAUUGAUUUGGCUGCAGAAAUUAAAUCUGGUGCUGCAGCAUUUAAUGGGAACAGAUCAAAACUGGAGAGACAUAUUCUGAGAUCACUGGCAGAAGAAGAGAGCCUUGAGAGUUUCAUGAUGUACAUUAACAAACCAGAGAAACACUUCAAACAGUUCAUCACAGAUGAGGUCAACAAAUACAUUCUCCAAAAAAAUAAUCAAACUGUCCUUGGCAUCAUUAUAGGCAAUCUCAAACUCAAACAGCAGUGUAUAAUCAGUGCAGUACAUUCAGCAACACAGGAGGUGAAAAACAACAGUGGGGAUGCCAAUAAGUGGCUGAAGAGUUUCUCUGACAGACUGAAGGAUGAACUGAGAUUUACAGAAAAGUCUGGUUUUGACCUCACAGAUGUUACUGACUUUGACACUCUUGAAGAAGUGAUAAUAGAGGGCCUUGAUAACAUCAUAAGCAAAUUGGAGAAGAAUUUUAGAGAGUCUCCUCUCAAAAUGGAGAAGUUCAGGGAGAGACCUGAUGAGAUUCUGAUCAAACACUUCUGUCGGUGCUGCUGGGUGCAGUGUCCCUUCUGUAAAGCCGUCUGUACCAACACCAUAGAGGGACAUGAUGGGGAUCAUAGUGUCCCUUUCCAUCGUCCAGUGGGAAUAAAUCAAUCUUCAGAAUCAGAUGAGAGGCAUGCCAGAGGUUCAGUUAGAUUUUGCACAACUCUAGUAGCAAGUGACGAUACUUUCCAGCCAUCACAAGAAUCAGACAAGACAGUCCCAUAUAAACAAUACAGAACAGCAGGUUUAAAAUACGCCAGCUGGAGCAUCACCCCGGACCUCUCUGAGCAACCGUACUGGCAGUGGUUUCUGUGCCAGUUUCAGACCACACUGGAAGAACGUUACAGCCUUAAAUUCCAGGGGCCCUCAGAGAUUCCUAGUCAGUGGAGGAAGUACACAAAAGAGGAUGCCAUUCGGAGCUUGUAUGAAACUGAUUUUACAGAAUGUUGCACUGUGGCAUCAGAUCAACAAGACAAUGUAGAGGACCACUCUGUGUCAGUACGUCUCUGA